GGGUCGUGCUGAGCGGGAGGCUGGCGGGGCUGCCCCAGCUGGGCUCAGCGGGGGACCUCAGCUGGGCGGGGCGCGCAUUUUAGGAACUGAGAGUCACCUGUCCCGUCGUUACCUCUUCUCAGUGGUCCAGUGACCAGUCCCGCCCCAUUGUCCGCGAGCUUCCCGCGAACUUCCCUUCUCUGGGCCCUUGCAGGGGUGUUUGUCGCCGCGUAGCUGCGCGGAGGUGGCGCAGCCGGCGUAGGGAGCCCGAGCCGGCAGCGGAAGGCGGAUCCUGCCACAGUGGAAGGAUGGCGGCUGCUGGAGCUGAGUCAGAGGAGCUUGAAAAUCACAGUGACUGCCUUGUCCGGCUUUCAAAUCCACAUGUUGCAACAAUGAAAGAAGAUGUUCUCUAUCAUUUCAGUCUAAGCACUGAGACACACGAUUUCCCAGCUAUGUUUGGAGAUGUGAAGUUUGUAUGUGUUGGUGGAAGCCCCUCGCGAAUGAAUGCCUUCAUCAGGUACGUGGCAGCAGAGCUGGGCCUUGACCGCCCAGGCCAAGACUAUCCCAACAUCUGUGCGGGGACUGAUCGCUACGCCAUGUAUAAAGCUGGGCCGGUGCUAUCUGUCAGUCAUGGUAUGGGCAUCCCUUCCAUUGCGAUCAUGUUACACGAGCUCAUCAAGCUGUUGUACCACGCCAGGUGCUCUCAUGUCACCAUCAUCCGCAUCGGCACCUCUGGAGGGAUCGGUCUGGAGCCUGGCUCUGUGGUCAUAACCCGGCAGGCAGUGGACGCCUGCUUCAAGCCGGAGUUUGAGCAGAUUAUCCUAGGGAAGCGGGUGGUUCGGAGCACAGACCUGGAUGAGGGGCUGGUGCAGGAGCUGAUGCAGUGCUCUGCGGACCUGAGCGAGUUUAGCACGGUGGUGGGCAACACCAUGUGCACCUUGGACUUCUAUGAAGGGCAAGGCCGCCUGGACGGCGCUCUCUGCUCCUACACGGAGAAGGACAAGCAGGUGUACCUGCGGGCCGCCUAUGCUGCGGGCAUCCGGAACAUCGAGAUGGAGUCCUCAGUGUUUGCCGCCAUGUGCAGCGCCUGUGGCCUCCGAGCUGCCGUGGUGUGUGUCACCCUCCUGGACCGCCUACAAGGGGACCAGAUCAGUAGCCCUCAUGAGGUGCUGGCCGAGUACCAACAGAGGCCACAGCGGCUAGUGGGCUACUUCAUCAAGAAGAGCUUGGGGAAGCCUUGAAGUUCCUGCGGAGCAACAAAGGCAGCUGCUGUGAUAACUUGUCAAUAAAAUUAUUGUCCCGUGU